AUGCAAGCCAGCAAACAAAUAGAACAUGAACUUACGGAAGAACACGACGUGGAUAGCUCGUCUGAAACAGUCGAUGACAACACACCCUGGGAUAUGAACUUGAUACAAUCGUGUAGGACAGACAAGUUCAUGAUAAACGUGUCUCUCAACAACAGGGACACCGUCAUGGAAGUAGAUACAGGUUGUAUACCUAACUACAAAGGUCGUCUCACCUUGAAUGAAAAUUCAACGCCAAUCUUUGUCAAACCUAGACGCAUUCCAUAUGCGCUAAAGGAUAAGGUAGAUGACGAAAUAGAACGAUUAUGUAAACAAGGAGUCAUUACAAAGAUUGACAACUCAGAAUGGGGAACACCUGUUGUACCGAUUGUCAAACCUAACGGUAGCAUACGCUUAUGCGCAGAUUAUAAAGUUACCCUAAAUAAAGUCAUUAAAGAUGAACAGUACCCCAUCCCUAUCAUAGAAGACAUCCUUGUAGAGAUGAAUGGCGGAGAGUUGUUCUGUACAUUAGACCUUAGCCAAGCCUAUUUACACAUGAUGAUGGACGAAGAAAGUGCCAUGAUGCAGACCCUCAGCACACACAAGGGAACUUUUAAAGUAAACAGACUCAUGUUUGGGGUCAAAGUAGCCCCAAAUUUAUGGCAAAAGUUCAUGGAUCGACUCCUACAAGGAAUCACUGGCGUUAAAUGCUUUUUCGAUGACAUCAUCAUCCAAGGAGCUACAGAAAAACAACUGCUGGCUAGACUACGACAAGUAUUACAAAAACUAAACGAAAACAACUUGAAACUUAACAAAGAAAAAUGCCAUUUUAUGAAGGCGAGCAUCGAAUAUUUAGGACAUAUUAUAGAUAAAAAUGGUUUACACAAAAAUAAAAACAAAGUAAAGGCUAUUACAGAUACUAAACCACCCAGUAACGUAAAUGAAUUAAGGAUUUUUUUAGGCAUGGCUAAUUAUUAUAACAAAUUCAUACCGAACUUAGCUUCAAUAUCUACGCCUUUGAAUAACCUGCUUAAGAAAAACGCACACUUCGUGUGGACUCGCCAAUGUAACGAAAGUUUCAAUAGGAUCAAAAAAGAAAUACUCAGCGAUAGGGUUUUGACCCACUUCAAUCCAGAACAUCCACUGGUUUUAGCUACAGAUGCAUCACCUACGGGACUUGGAGCUGUUCUAUCGCACCGCUUACCCGAUGGUUCUGAUAGACCUAUAGCAUUCGCAUCCCGCUCAUUAACAAGUAGCGAGAAAAAGUACAGCCAAAUAGACAAGGAAGCUACAUCGCUGUUCUGGGGCCUUAAAAAGUUCUUCCACUAUUGCUACGGACGAAAAUUCAUACUUGUGACUGAUCACAAGCCACUAACUACUAUUUUUCAUCCACACAAGACUUUGCCAGCAAUGAGCACAAUGAGGCUUUUCCACUACGCGCAUUUUCUAUCCGGCUUCAAUUACACAAUCGAGUACCGGACUUCGAACGAUAACAGCAAUGCUGACUAUUUGUCAAGAUUCCCAGUAGAUACAAUAGCUCCCAAUAUAAUUGAUGUACAUACUGCAUUUCAACUAAAUCAAAUAAAUACAAUCACGGUUGACCGGGGGAAAAUUGCUGAAGAAACCUUAAAAGAUACCGAAUACAGCAGCCUGUUACAAGCGUUGAUGGCGGGUACGACUGUUCGCAGAUAUGGCUACAAUGAUAAUGAACUUACUAUUCAAGAUGGAUGUCUCUUAAAGGGAGUGCGAGUCAUGAUACCUGUAGCGCUGAGAAAACGGGUAUUAGAUGAGUUACACUCGGGACACCUCGGUAUGGUGAGGAUGAAAUUACUAGCACGAGGCUACGUCUACUGGAAAAAUAUGGACAAGGACUUAGAAGAGAUGGUUAGAAGCUGUCGUGAGUGUCGGCUACACCAAAACGAGCCUCCACCGGUUACACUACACCACUGGGAGCCUCCGACAGGCCCGUGGCAGCGACUCCAUAUUGAUUUCGCGGGACCUCUGAAGGGACAGUCAUUGCUUAUAGUUGUCGAUGCUUACACCAAAUGGGUUGAAAUCUUCCCAACCAAAACGACAACCAGCUCUUGGUGUAUCAGAAAAUUACAUGAGAUUUUUCUUACGUUUGGGUUCCCCUUAACACUUGUUUCUGACAAUGGACGUCAGUUCAUUUCAACAGAGUUCGAAAACUACCUUAAAGAAAAAGGAGUAGUACAUAAAACAUCCGCACCGUACCAUCCAGCUACGAAUGGGCAAGCCGAGAAAUAUGUUCAGACCAUAAAAAAGACUCUAAAUUGCAUGAACGCUGAACCAGGUAAUCUGCAUGACAAAAUUCUAGCAGUAAAGGAACGCUUAUUAAGAACCCCGAGUACUACAACCGGCAAGAGCCCAUAUGAACUUAUGUUUAGCAGAACAAUAAGAAACAUGUUGCACGUGCAGUUCAAGACCAGGGGGGAAGAUGUGGGGGCAAGGCCCGAAAGAUCUGAAGAAAACCGCAUCGUGCGCUCAUUUACCGUUGGCCAGAGGGUUCAAGCUAGAGAUUAUACUAACGGACGUAAUAAAUGGCAAUUUGGAACUGUAACUAAAACUCUAGGUCGGCUCCAGUACGAGAUAAGGAUGGAUUCUGGAGAUACUUUUAAGAGACACAUAGACCAGAUGUUGUGCACCGUAAUACCAAUUCAAGAUGCAGAAGACCGAUCUUAG